AUGGUAAAGAGGCUCCCAGGGGCAGCUCCUCCUAUUCGAAGAAGUAAUCAGGUGUCCUACUCCGAUACACCUUUCGUGGAAGAGAUUGCUUCGGUGGAAAUGCCGCGUAAGUUCUCUUUCCCGAGCAUAAAGAUGUAUGAAGGUACUAGGGAUCCCGACAAUCAUAUUUCUCAGUACAAGCAACGCAUGCUAGCAGUAGUAAUCCCUCGGGAUGCACGGGAAGCUACCAUGUGCAAAGGAUUCAGAUCAACCUUGACCGGCCCUGCUCUCCAGUGGUAUAUCAACCUGCCUACCAAAUCCAUCAAAUCCUUUGCAGCUCUUAGCGAUAAGUUCGUAGAGCAGUUCGCUAGCAGGCGUGACCUAGAGAAGAACUCAGAUGAUCUCUAUGAGAUCCUCCAGCAUAGGAAUGAGCCCCUUCGUUCUUACAUAGCUCGCUUCAACCAAGCGAAGGUGGCUAUCCCUGAAUGGGAAGAAGACGUUGCUAGUAAGGCCAAAGCCGGCCCAAAAUAUGAUCAGAAGUCAUCAAAGCCUACAAGGAGUGACUGUGACAAACCUUCUCACUCUAAGUCCGCUAGGGAGACUAGUAACCCGAACAGGGGCAGGUAUCAGCAUCAACCUUUGCCUAGACCCGAAGGGAUGAUGGUAUCUACUUGGCCUGAAAUCUCCCAUCUUGCGAUAUCCAAACCGGAACUGAUCGGUGUCUUACGACAAAUGGGUCCUCAAGUUAAGUGGCCCCAUAAGAUGAAGGCCGCAGAGGCUAAUCAAAACCCCAAGCGAUGGUGCAAGUUCCAUAGUGACCAUGGUCAUACUACGGAAGAUUGCAUAGCCCUGAAGAUGGAAGUCGCCAAGCUCCUCAAGAAAGGCUACCUACGGGAGUUCCUCUCGGAUAAAGCCAAGAACCUUCUAAAUAAAGAAGGUCCCGGUCUCCCUAUUGAGAUGUCCUCCGCUCAAGAUGGCAAGAAGAACUCAGAUGUUGAGAUGACCGAAGCACCGUUGGCUCCAGUCGAUGAGUCCGUGCCUGAGCCUACUUGUGUUGCUGGCUUCCUUUGA